CAGCGGACUGUUGUCUGGCACAGAGAUCUAUUACCUAACUAACUCCACUGUAAACUUUAUCUAAAAGGAGGGGAUGUAUUAUAUUGACAAUUCCAGUGUGGAUUUGGUUCAUAAAUAGAUUAUUUAACCAACAUCACAGAGGACAGGAUUAUAUACAUACGGAUAUAUCAUUUAACCAACUUCACAUAGGACUUGAUACACAGAUUAUUUAACUACAUUUACACUGAAGAUUGAUGAUUUGAUUAGUAAAGAAUUUAUUUACCAAUUUCUCUUUGAAAAUUGGACUUGAUUAAUAUUGAAGUAUUUUGUCAGAAACGCCACAGUGAAUCUAUUCAUUACUUCUAACUGGGAAAUGUAAAGACACCAACUCGCCAGGGUGUUGGGAAUGACUGAUAGUUUUCAGAUGUUUUGUGUAGCCAAGACUUCUGGACUUCACCUAUAACGACAAGACCUAAAAGAUGGAGAAAGCCUGCAAUUUUAUGUGGAUAAUUCUUCUUAUAUAUGUUCCUACCAUAUGUUGGACAGGGAGAGCUAAUAUAUUGAACGUUUCUAAGGAAUCCCAGUCAGAUCCAUCACUCAUCUGGCUCGUUCAGACAGCUAAACAUGGUACUUCAGAUCCCAGUAAAAGAUACGCUGUCCUCCAUAGUGUGUCACUGGGAACAGGACCGACGACAAAUGGCGGAACUUUGGAUUCAUUUGUGUUCGGAGGUACCUCUGACUCGUACGUAGAGAUUGAAAAUACGGACGGUGAACUGAAUGGGCCAGACGCUAUGUGUUGGGCCUUUUAUGUUAAAUUCCCUGCGGCUUCAUCGGAAGCUGUCCUACUCCAAUACUUCGGUCGUGACGGCUCAAAGGGAUUUCAACUUGUACUACAAACAGAUGGAGAGCUGAGAGCCGAUUUUUAUGACGAAAACGGCCAAGUGUAUACAUGUACCAGUAGCUUUGGUCUGAAUCCGGACAACUGGUAUCUUGUGGGAAUAAAUUUUAACACUUUGUGGGACUCGGAUGAACAGUUUGAUAUUUUCUACUUUGAAACUGAUAGCAAGGUAGAAACGGAAUCAAUCGGGCUAUCGAGAUCAAAUCCCUUCCUGGAUACUGAGGGAACAGUCAGACUGGGAGCUGCCCGAGAUGGAACUAGUCCAUUUAACGGGGAAAUGUCCUGUGUUCAGUUCUACAACACUUCACUCAUUGGAAAAACACAAAAGAGCAUCUACAACCUGUGUGAUCCAAAUCUUAUGGCAUCUGAUUAUGGUGAGCACACAAUGGAUUUCAUAGCAACGACAACUACACCACCAACAACGACAACGACAAUACAAACUACAACUACACCACCAACAACGACAACGACAUUACAAACAACAACGACAACUACACCACCAACAACUACAACUACACCA